CACACGCACAUACACUUGACAGAACACACUGUUAGAGUCAUUGACUAACCCUGAUUAAGGACUUUUUCAUCACUCAGAGACAUUUCUUGACCAGACAAACCACACAGAAGAAAGUGUUAUGUCAGGACCGAGGCCUGUGGUUUUGAGCGGCCCUUCUGGGGCAGGUAAAAGUACCCUGCUGAAGAAGCUGCUGAAGGAUUAUGAAGGAGUCUUUGGCUUCAGUGUGUCACAUACAACAAGAAACCCCCGUCCAGGGGAGGAAGAUGGCAAAGGCUUGAACAGUCUCCCUUUGCUUCUAGGAGCUACGUUACUGCCCGUGGCAGAUGUCUUAUCCUCUGUCUCAUCCGAAGACUAUCACUUUACAACCCGGGAGGCCAUGCAAGAAGGUAUUGACAAAGGGGAUUUCAUUGAGAAUGCAGAAUUUUCGGGAAACAUGUAUGGAACGAGUAAGUCAUCAGUAGAAGAUGUACGGGCAAAGAACCUGAUAUGUAUCCUAGAUGUGGACAUCCAGGGUGUCAGGAACAUCAAGCAAACUGAUCUGGAUCCCAUCUACGUUUCUAUUCAGCCUCCCUCCAUGGAAAUCCUGGAGAAGCGUUUGCGGGACAGACAGACAGAGACUGAGGAAAGUUUACAGAAAAGGCUGGAGGCAGCAAGGAUUGACAUGGAGGAAAGCAAUGAACCAGGAGUCUUUGACCUUGUCAUUGUAAACGAUGACUUGGAUGAGGCCUAUGAGAAGUUGAAAAAUGUCCUCCUUGAGGAAAUACAGAAAGUCCAGGAAGCCAACAAGUCAUAAGGGGGUGAGCAGCCUAAUCCCAUAAGGUCAUUCAAACGAGUAACACAGCCUUGAACUCUGGCAUGAAUAACACUAUAUUUGAUGCUACAUCACCAUAAAGAAGCAAUAAGCCCCCCUGAUAUCAGUUUAUUAAACCUUGUGAGAGUUGCUUGCCACAAAAACUGCUGUGGGCUAGUCAGAGGAACAGACACAAGGUAUUUUGAUUCUUUGAUGCAGUUUUUUCUUUCUCCGUCACUAUAUGGAAUCUGGAUAAGAGAAUGGGGCACUUAUAACUUUUGUUGUGUAUGGAAGAAAAAAUAGCCUUCUCUGCCAACUGGUUUUACUGUGAUGUACUGUAGAAAGGUAGGAACCACUGCCAAAGCGAAUACUAGAUGUUUGUUUUGUCUUUAUAAUCCAAGGUUUAGAGUUACAAUUAGCUUGUCCUGUUGAAAAGUUUUGUUAGGCUUUGUUUUGUGUUCAGACACAAGUGGACAUACUAUGGUAAAACAACCUAAUCAACAGUAAAACAAAAGUUGAGCGUAAAACUGUCUUAGCUGUCAAAUGUUGGACUAGAUGUGUGAUAAACAGUCUUAAUUUAAGAUAUAUUAUAAUAGAUCUAUUUGUAUGUACGUCUUCUUUUUCUCAGUAGCAAUUUGACUGACAAUAAUAAGCAUCCAGACAUUCAUAAUAUGAUUAUUAUGUAUUGAGUCUUAUUUCACAGUAAGUUUCUGUACUUACAGCAUGUGGUGUUUUACAGACUGGGGAUAGACUGCAUCUUAACAAAACAGUCAGAGAACAUACAGAGGUCAGGACUCCUCCACAAUAUAAGUAACUGUUGUGUGUAUUGGUGCAAAAUUGCAUGUUUUGUAUGCAAAUGAAAGAGAUCAUUAAACAAUGUCUAAUUUCA